AUGGAUUCAUCAGAUACCCGAGAUCUUGAUUAUAAGACACGUGAUUGGAAAUAUACCCAACCACUACAAAAGGCCGCUUUCCAGACACCUAAAAAAAACAGCAGCCAGUGUGUGUGA